GCGUCUCUGCGUGCCAUGGCGGUGAGGCGGCGGUGUUACGGGGCCGCCAGACAGGCCGGCCGCUCCUGCCGGCGGCCAUGCUGGCUGCCAGGGCGGCAGGCGGGCGUCGCCAUGAGCCAAGCCGCGCCGCUGCUGGUGUUCCUGGUGGCGGCUGCCGGCCGGGCCGGCGGCUCGGCCACGGGCGGCCCGGAGCUGCACAGCCUGCGGGGAAGCUGGCAGCUGAGCAACGAGAACGGCUCGGUGGCGCUCCGCGGGGAGGUGCCAGGCUGCGUGCACACAGCCCUGCAGCGCCGGGGCCUCAUCCAGGAUCCGUACUAUAGGUUUAAUGAUGUGAUGUACAGGUGGAUCUCACUGGACAACUGGACUUACAGCAGGACAUUCAGAGCGCCUUUUGACAUCCGAAAAUGGCAGAAAGUGAAUUUGGUUUUCGAGGGAGUAGAUACAGUUGCACACAUCCUGCUCAAUAACAUCACCCUUGGGAGAACGGACAACAUGUUCAUCAGAUAUAGCUUUGAUAUUACCAGCGUGAUCAAAGAGGUCAAUUUUGUCGAGGUCCGUUUCUUAUCAGCCAUUUCUUAUGCAGCAGAGCAGAGCAGAUGUCACAAAGCAUACAGCAUACCCCCAGCGUGCCCUCCACCUGUGCAGAAAGGAGAGUGCCAUGCUAAUUUCAUCAGAAAGGAGCAGUGUUCAUUUAGUUGGGAUUGGGGCCCUUCUUUUCCCACUCAAGGAAUCUGGAAGGAUGUUAAGAUUGAAGCCUACAACCAUUACCACCUGAUUUACUUUUCUUUGACUCCUUUCUUCGUAAAGAAUACUCAGCAGUGGAGUCUUGAAAUUGAGUCUGUUUUUGAUGUAGUCAACUCCAAGCCAGUUGCAGGUCUUGUGACUGUGGACAUUCCCAAACUGCAAACACAGCAAACAUUCAGUGUGAAGCUUCAACCUGGAGAAGGCAGCAUUGUGCUGCAUGUAAAUAUCAACAAGAGUUCUGCAGUGGAGGCUUGGUGGCCAAAUGGGCAUGGAAAGCAGACUGGAUACAACAUGACAACAACUUUCAUCAUGGAGGAAGGAUACCAGAUUGAGAAAUUUUCAAAGGUCUAUUUUCGAACAGUAGAACUUGUUCAGGAGCCUAUUCCUGGCUCACCGGGUUUGAGUUUCUACUUCAGAAUCAAUGGGCGACCCAUUUUCCUGAAGGGCUCAAACUGGAUUCCAGCAGAUUCUUUCCAGGACAGAGUGACCUAUGACACAUUGUGGCUACUCUUGAAGUCUGCUGCAGAUGCUAACAUGAAUGCUCUUCGGGUUUGGGGAGGAGGAGUGUAUGAACAAGACGAGUUCUAUGACAUUUGCGAUGAGAUGGGAAUAAUGAUUUGGCAGGAUUUCAUGUUUGCGUGUGCCCUGUACCCAACUGACCAGCACUACUUAGAAUCUGUAAGAGCAGAAGUUUCUCAUCAGGUAAGGCGUUUAAAAUCCCAUCCAUCAAUUAUCUUGUGGAGUGGUAACAAUGAAAAUGAAGCAGCAAUUGCAAGCAACUGGUUCUCCAUACCUUAUGCUUACAGAGAAGUCUAUAUCAAGGACUAUGUGAUGCUUUAUGUGAAGAACAUCCAAGAAAUAGUUCUUACUGAGGAUAGCACUCGUCCUUUUAUUGCAUCUAGUCCCACCAAUGGCUUGGAGUCAGUUAAAGAAGGCUGGGUCUCCCAGAAUCCUUAUGAUACCCAUUAUGGUGACACUCACUUUUAUGACUACAGCAGUGACUGCUGGAACUGGACAGUGUAUCCUAAAACUCGUUUUGCUUCAGAGUACGGAUUUCAGUCCUGGCCUUCCUUCAGUACAGUUGAAAAGGUUUCUUCCACUGAGGACUGGUCCUACACGAGCAAUUUUUCUCUCCAUCGACAGCACCAUGAAAAUGGUAACGAUCAGAUGCUUCAACAGAUUGGGCAUCAUUUCAAGCUUCCCCAGAGCACAGAUCCCAUAAAGAAGUUCAAAGAUAUGAUUUAUCUCACUCAGGUGAUGCAGGCUCAGUGUAUAAAGACAGAAACCGAAUUCUAUCGUUUUAGUCAAAGUGAAAUAAUCAAGGGAGAAGGACACACCAUGGGAGCUUUGUACUGGCAACUCAAUGACAUCUGGCAAGCACCUUCCUGGGCUUCCUUGGAGUAUGGUGGCAAGUGGAAACUACUCCAUUAUUUUGCCCAGAACUUCUUUGCACCACUACUGCCUGUGGCCUAUGAAGACAACAGUGUGUUGUAUAUUUAUGGUGUCUCAGAUCUUCAUGUGGACCACAACCUGACUUUGAGGGUCACUGUGCACUCCUGGAGCUCCUUGCAGCCAGCGUGCACCUUUGCCAAACACGGGGUGACUGUUAAAGCACAAAGUGCUGUCCCCAUCUACAAGGAGUCCAUAAAUGACUUGCUGGAGAGAUGCAGGAAUUGUACCAGGAGAAGCUGUGUCCUUACCUUCCAUCUUGUGGGAGAAGAUGGGCUCCAGAGUCCUGUGAACCAUCACUUCCUUUCCUCGCUGAAGGAUGCUGUAGGCUUAGAAAAGACCCGGCUUAAGGUCUCUGUAUCCCAACAAGAUGACAUUUAUGUGUUUGUUAUUCAGACCACUGCAGUGGCUCCUUUUGUUUCUCUGGAUGUAGGGAGUAUAAAGGGCAGGUUUAGUGAUAAUGGUUUCCUCAUGACUGAAAAGAAGAAAGUGGUUGUGUUUUAUCCCUGGGAACCUACCAGCGUUGAAGAACUGGAAGAGUCACUAACCUUGACAUCUCUGGUGGAUGUUGUCUGAGGAUACCUUCUAGAUAAGAAGUGAAAUGGGAGGAGAGAAAAAACGAGAAGAGCUUAACCAAAGUUGAAGUGCUGUACAAUUUGAGCUGAACAUAGUCACUGUUCCUGUCUUGUAUGAAUUUGAACUGCUGAUUCAAUGUAAAGAUCGCAACAACGAAGCCUGCCUGUGGUGUAUUGAAAACAGCUUUCCCGGGGCGUGGGGAGAGUUCCUCUCCUCUACAACAUGGGAGGGGUUAGUUGGUGCCAGAGUGCUGGGCUGAGUUCUCUGCUCCACAUGAGCUUUGAGUUCUGAGCUCUUCUGAACUGAGAGGCAAUGCAAUUGCACCUCCAGACUAUGGCUGUUCAGUCUGUAUCUUUCCCAUUUUCACUAUGUAGUUUGAGGAAAUUGAUGCCACAGUAACACCAAGGCAUGGUGGGGGCAAGAGGUGAAGCUAAAAUGACCUCCAAAAGUACUGCCUCCAUUUGGAGUGGUUUGGUCUUAUUCCAGACUGGGUAAGUGCUAGUCCUGCCCUGUCAGGUCUGUGGCUGGCACUCCCAACAGAUGUGCUGCCUGCCUCUUGUAAGGUAGGCUUCUGAACAGAGAGGAGAGCCAGGCUCUCCAGUCAGACACCAGCACAGAUCUGUUCUCCUGCUGAAAAGAAAUGGAGAUUUUCUGCUCUCAGACAACACUGAGCACUAGCCUUGAUGGCUCUGCAUCUAGCUUUGUCUUUUCCCAGGUGUGGUGACAAACUUUUUGCUGCUGCAUUGAGUCCUGCAUAAUGUGGCAUAGUAGGAGAUGUGGCUGGCUGUGGGAAAAGGACUGGUGAGAAGAGCUGAGCAAAGGUACAGAGAGAAAGGCAGGGUGGAGAAGCAAUGGGCAUGUGAGAGGACCACAGUGACUGCAUUUCUGUGCUCCAUGCUGAUCGUCCUCCCUUUCCAACAGAGGAAAACCGCAACAGCUUGAUUUAGACUGCUUUGUGUGUGGGUUUCCUGUGGAAGACAGGGUUGUGAUCAGUUGUUAGAUCUGAUCACUCCAUACUACAAAGCAGUGGUGCUUCCCUUUCUGUUCUGUGUCUGAGGAAGUUUAAAAUGUUUGUCACAUAAAUGUCAUCUCACUUUGGCAUUUGACACAGGAAAAUAAGCUUGCUUCAGCAUAAGGGGCUGCUGUAGCUUGUGGAGCUGGAAGUCUGAGGGUUCAGCUAUCAGGAAGUCCAGGCCACCAAGCCAUGUCAUGGGUGGGCUGCUUGUCAGAUGUGGUUUGAAAUGCAGCUGGGAUCUUGCUGGGGCUCAGGGAUCCUCCCAGAUUCCAGGCAAGUGUUGAUUUCUGUGCAAAACACUUAGCAGAAGGAGCACUUAAAACUAGAAGGUGUUUAAACAAGGUUUGCUGGUGAUGUCUUCCUUUGUCUGAAAAGUACCACGUGGGUGAUGCUUGCAGAUGGUCCAGAGCAUGUGGAGAGAACAACUUCAUGUUCCCUUGGUCACCUGGAGGAAUUGGAACUGGGAGCUGUUCUUUGUUGUGGUCACAGUUUUAAUGAGCAAAGACUGAUGAUGCUUGGCCAUCUCUGGUGUUUCAAACUGGGCAUUAACCAAAAGCGAUGUAAUCCUGAGCGAGAGGACAAAUCAAAAGAUCAAA